GGGGUCGUGAACUCUUACCGUCUGCAUUGCUAGCGACGCAGCGCCCUGGACGAGGAGAUGCAGCUGUCUGUCUGGUGAAGAGAGAGGGACUUUUCUGCUGGCAGGAGCCUUUAGAGGGAGCAAGAACUUGGCUGUGGAAAGGAGAGAAGGAAAAGAUAGAAAACUAGUGAAAGUGUUUUUUGCAAUAUAGUGUUGUGAAGACUAUGUAAAGGAAACCCUUCGGUGCAUAUAUCUUUGCUAUACUUGUGGUAUUCGAAAAUCUGGUUCUUUAAGUAAUACUCAACUGGAAAUCAUACAGAUGCUUACAUAUUCUUCCAUUGUGUGUAUCCAUACGUUCAUGACAGUAGGAUGUCAACUCCAGUAUGAAAAAGACUGGAUAAAAUCUUGAAGAUAGAAAAAAGAAAAAAGUGAAAAAAAUUUCAGCCCGAAGUUUUCGCCUAAAUUUCCUAUAACCAUCAGAUGCAAAUUACAUUAUUUAGCGAAAUGUUGAAAUCUUGUAAGUGAAAAACAACAAACCUAAUGAACGAGGGAAAUCCCACUAAAUAGAAAAAAAAAGUUUACAUUAGAUAUUGUUCGAGAAGACUUUACGAAUGCGCUACGUUGACGCAAGGGCGUGAAGCUGAGCAGAACCUCACGCCUCUGUGGAUGAAGAGAGGGCGAGACAUGCAGCUGUAGGCGCUUCGCUGGCAUUAACUUACUUAACUUCCAUUACCACCACGUCGAGGUCGAGGAUGAGUUGCCGCGGCCGCAACGGGGAACCUCUGCUGGUGGUGGAUCGCUGCUGCUGCUUCUCGCUGAGGACGGGCGCGCUCAUCCUCGCCUCCUGUGAGAUCAUAUUCCUCCUCGCCAUUGUAAUUCUGAAUAUCAUUAUCCAACCAAAUAAAGAAGGAGCCGCUGUCGUCGUGGAAGGCCUCCUGCACAUCGGCGUGGCGAGUGUGCUCAUCCAUGGAGUGCGAACAAAACAGAACCAGCUCGUGUGGGCGUGGGUGCUGGUGCGGACCGUGCUGCUGGUGAUGGAGAUGCCCGUCGUCUUCAUCUACAGCGUGUUCACUGACUUGACUUUCACCCUGUGUCUCCUCGGGAUCAGUCUGCUCGUGUGCUGCUGUAUCCUUGUUGUGCGCUCGUAUGCCCUCAGCAUGGACACCGACGAGGAGCGAGUCAACCUGGAGGAGGUGAGCGCGAACAACUUCACAGCCUUGGAGGAUGAAGCUCGCGUGUGACAGGCUAUUUGCAACGGGAUCUGAGCCUUUGAAAGAAAAAAAAUCUAGGAUAUAUAUUUCUUCUUUCUUCUUCUUCUUUUUUGCGAGGUUUUUAGUUUAAUUUCCCUUUUUCUGUUUUCCUUCUUUUGUGCGCUUGCUGUCACAAACUCCAUGUUUCUGUCUUUCUCUUCCUGUCUUUGUCUCCUCAGUCUGCCUGUCUGUUUACCUGUCUGUCGAUUUGUCUGUCUCUGAUAUUUUACUUCAUGCAAUAAACUUCAAUCAACUUGAUGUGCAGUUCAAAGCAUUGGCUGCAAUUGCCUGUAAUAUAGCGGAUUUUGUAUCACUUUACCUCCAUUACUAAUCGUAACAUUCUUAUUCUUUGCUGUUGUCAUAUAUUCAUCUGUACUUUUCCUUCACUUCUCAUAAUAUUACGACGAUCCUCCGUUCAUUUUAUUAGUGUUAACUUGUGUUAUUUAACUUUGAUAAUAUACCUUGUCUCUGAGAUCUUUUCCUAAUAUGGAAAAUAAACAUUCAUGAAUCAUUCUGUUCG